AUGGCGGACCUACACCAUGGCACGUUCUCCUACUCCACCGGGCCAACUGCCGCAGACGUCCUUCCCAGAUCACAAUCUGAAAACGCCAGAUCCCAACUAGUCGAGGACUCAGCCGCAACCCAAAAACUCAAGGCGUUGCAGGCAGUGUUUCUAAGUGCCCUAAAAACUUCAUUAGAUGCCCAUUCUUCCGCUCUUCCAAUCCUCUCCUUUUCGCCAAUUCAUGCUCUAGCCCUAGAACUGGAGCCAUUCGAAGAAGAGCCACUAAAAGCCAUCGCGUUUGGAAACAUCUCUCCCGAUAACUAUAUUGACCUGUUCUGGGACAUUACCAACGAGCAAAACGAGCUAUCAUGGGGGAAAUUUACUGUUUAUGAGGCAGAGCAAUCUUCCGAGCCGCGCUUUCUCGUGUGUUUUAAAGCGCAACUGUUUGAACUUCGAUAUAUUCGAUGUGAUGUCUUGGUUCGAGAAUAUCCAGAGGUAUCCGAUGCACCUGAUUCAUUCUUGCAAGACCCGCAAAAUAGUAUCCACAAGUCGGUUCAAGAUGCUGUGCAAAUGAUCCGCCGAGGAACCGAUAUGCAUGACCAUCUAGAUGAAUUUCCAUCGAUUCGCACCGCGUACUCGUACAUCAAGAGAUGGGCGGCUAUAAGGGGCCUCGCCAAUGCCUUUCCCGAUCAUCAUAUUUUCAAAAGUCUCUUGAAAUACCAGAAGACGAAUCCUGAUUUGGCUACUCCACGUCAAGUUGGCGAUCCAAGCUCUUCUGCACUGAUCACGGAGUUCUUCAAACAAGAUGCCCCUAAAACUGAUUCCAUUCCGGCCCCUACGGGUUACAGCUCGUUUAUUACCAAAGACUGGGAGAACUUGCUAGUAAAGCUGGAUUCCCUCCGGUUGGAUGAGAAAUGUGCAUUCCCUCACACCAUACGAGUGGCAGUUACAUACUCCGGGAGAUCGCCAGUGAAGGGGGCGCAAUGGUUGUUGAUGGUGCAGCGCAGAUUAGACAAGCUCAAAGACCGUCUUGAAAGUCGCAUCCCCAACACACCAAUCGUCCAAAUUUGGCCUCAACGUCUGGUCUCCGAAGAUGCGAUGCUGGGAGACAAUGUCUACGAAGGCCACUUCGUACUCGGUCUCCGCCUCUCCCCAGCAACUAAGCAAGCCGAUCUACAGUCAGCUCAAGAGAUCGCGGAGACUUGGAGAAAACAAGUCGAGAACGAUAAAGCCACGCUUAAAAACCAAUGUUUCGUCCGGAUUGUCGUUGACAAUAUCCCCACAGGGCUCAAAAUUUGCGGGAGAAAAUGGCCAAGAGUCAUUUUAACUGGAGAGAAUACGAACCACUCAGACUCUGAUGGCGAAUCCUCACAAUUCCCCAAGAAGAAACGGUCUAAAUCCCCUCUUGCAUCCUCUACAAGCACACCUCACUCCUCUGACACAAAAGCAAAACGCUUCCGCACCGCCUCCGAAGUCCUAAACCGCUUGAAAUUCGACAACAAUUACAAUAUUGACGAAUGGGCUAUUGGGUAUAUCGACCGUGUCAGAGAUAUGAUAUUGGAGAAACCGGCAAGUGAUUGGGAUAGAGAGACUACAGCCGAGGAGUUUAUUCCGGAGCAUAGGAUUGAGUAUUUUAAGAGAUAUAGUCCUGGUGGGGAAGGGGAGGUUGGAGAGGAAAGGGGUGAGAUUAUGUGGAGUAAGAAGCAGAAGUUGGAUGAGAUCUUUAGGAGUGGGUAG